GCUCUCCGGACGCAGAACUCUGGGCGCAUGGAGGCUAUCGAGGUGUCCGAGCCGAGCGGCCAGGGGGCCACCCCCGAGCGUCGUGGGCCGCGCUGCCAGCUUCUUCCCGGCUUCCGAGAGGAGCUGCGGGCGCUCCUGAUUCUGGCGGGCCCCGCGUUCUUGGCCCAGUUGAUGGUGUUUCUGAUCAGUUUCGUGAGCUCCGUGUUCUGUGGCCACCUGGGGAAGCUGGAACUGGACGCCGUCACCCUCGCGAUUGCGAUGAUCAACGUCACUGGAAUCUCGGUGGGCUUUGGCUUAUCUUCUGCUUGUGACACCCUCAUCUCCCAGACGUAUGGGAGCCAGAACUUGAAGCAUGUGGGGGUCAUCCUGCAGAGGGGCACCUUGGUGCUGCUUCUCUCCUGCUUCCCCUGCUGGGCACUCUUCAUCAACACCCAGAACAUCCUGCAUCUCUUCAGGCAGGACCCAGCCGUGUCCAGGCUUACCCAGGACUAUGUCAUGAUCUUCAUUCCUGCCCUGCCUGCAAUCUUUAUUUACACGUUACAAGUUAAAUUUUUGCUCAACCAGGGAAUCGUACUGCCCCAGAUCCUCACCGGAGUUGUCGCCAAUCUUGUCAACGCCCUCAUCAACUAUCUGUUUCUCUAUCAACUGGAUCUCGGGGUGAUGGGGUCGGCACUGGCAAAUACCAUUUCCCAGUUCACCCUCGUUCUGCUCCUCUUCCUGUACAUCCUCUGGAAGAAACUGCACCAAGCUAUCUGGGAAGGGUGGUCCCUUGAGUGUCUGCAUGACUGGGCCGGCUUCUUCGACCUGGCCUUCCCCGGCAUGCUCAUGCUGUGCAUUGAGUGGUGGGCCUACGAGAUCGGGAGCCUACUGAGCGGUAUCCUCGGCAUGGUGGAGCUGGGAGCCCAGUCCGUGGUGUAUGAAGUGACCGUCAUUUUGUACAUGAUACCUUCAGGCUUCAGUGUGGCCACCAGUAUCCGCGUAGGGAAUGCACUCGGCGCUGGAGACAUCGAGCAGGCCAAGAAGUCCUCAACUGUCGCCUUGCUGGUCACAGGAGUCUUUGCUGUAACCUUCUGCGUCCUGCUGUUAAUUUUUAAGGAUCUGGUGGGGUACAUUUUCACUAGCGACGGAGAAGUCGUGGCUCUGGUCGCUGAGGUGAUUCCAGUCUGUGCUGUUUCCCAUGUGUUCGAAGGUCUUGCUUGCACAAGUGGUGGCAUCCUGCGGGGAAGUGGCAACCAGAAGGCUGGGGCCAUGGUCAAUGCCGUCGGGUAUUAUGUGGUUGGUCUCCCUGUCGGGAUCUCGCUGAUGUUCCUGGCCAGACUGAAAGUGCUUGGUCUGUGGUCAGGGAUCAUUAUCUGUGCGAUCACGCAGUGUCUGUGUUUUUUCAUCUUUAUUUCUCAGCUAAACUGGAAGAAAGCAUGUGAAGAGGCUCGGGCACAUGCCAAUGUGAGACUAAAUGUGCCCCGGACUAGGACCCAGUCUGUGGCCCAGACUGCAGUCUAUCAGAACAUAGCGGUGGUCCCAAGGAACCAGCGAAGAGUGUUAAGGAGAGCUGUUGUACAAAGAGACGAGACUCCAUUGGAUCUGCAAAUGAGCCAAGACGCUAGGAUGACCGGGAGACAGUUGGUGCUGUGGCGUGGGCUCCUGCUCCUGGGGGUCAUUUCAAUCUUGCUCCUAGGGAUUUUACUGAGAGUGUAUAUCAGAGUUGAGGGAUAGGCAAGAGAGAGUCAGGUCGAGCGAUACUUUUUGAGUUUACAAGUUAACGCACCGGCCAAACGGUGGAAAUUUGUUUUCAGUUAAGCAGUUCUACUUUGUGAGUUUACAAGUAACGCACAGGCCAAGCGGUGGAAAUUUUUCAGUUAAGUAGUUCUACUUUUUGAGUUUACAAGUAACGCACUGGCCAAGCGGUGGAAAUUUGUUUUCAGUUAAGUAGUUCUACUUUUUGAGUUUACAAGUAACGCACUGGCCAAGCGGUGGAAAUUUGUUUUCAGUUAAGUAGUUCUACUUUUUGAGUUUACAAGUAACGCACAGACCAAGCGGUGGAAAUUUGUUUUCAGUUAAGUAGUUCUACUUUUUGAGUUUACAAGUAACGCACAGACCAAGCGGUGGAAAUUUUUCAGUUAAGUAGUUCUACUUUUUGAGUUUACAAGUAAUGCACAGGCCAAGCGGUGGAAAUUUGUUUUUAGUUAAGUAGUUCUACCUUUUGAGUUUGCAAGUAAUGCACAGGCCAAGUGGUGGAGAUUUGUUUUCAGUUAAGUAGUUCAACUGUGCCCAUGGCUUUCAAGGAUUGAGAGUUCAAAAUUAUGCUUUCUAAUGAAAAAAGGAACGAAGGUAAAAAAAAAAACAAACUAUGCUCUAGUCUAAGACAAUGUCUGAAUGAUGAGAUUAAUAAUACCUCAUCCAUCAUUGUCUCAACCCAGGACCACUGUGUACUGAUGGUAUUCAUCUAUGACUUGGAUAUUUCUUCUGCUUUUGUUUCUUUAGAUACAAACGUAUGUACUGAGUGCUUAAGGACUGUUAGCAUCUCAUUAUUUAAAAUAUAUUUUACAGCAUA